ACCCCCUGGUUAGUUUCUCAUCCCUCUCUAAGCAUUUCUCUAUACUCUCUCUCGCGGCAGCAGAUCUCGGGUUUUCCCUCUUGACAGAUCAAUGGCGGCGGCUACCGGAUCUUUUAUGUCCACGACCUCUCUAUCCUGCUCGUUGAAACAAAAUCAGGGGAGCAGGAAGAUGGCUGGACUGAAUUCAGUAUCACUGUCUCUUAACGGAAGAAAAUUCACUUCACUGACUUUGCCCCGCCUGUCCUCAGACCGAUUUCGCAUUUCUUGUGCGGCUAAGCCAGAGACAGUGGUGAAAGUAUGCAAGAUUGUGAAGGAUCAACUGGCUCUAUCUGAUGACAUUGUAGUCAGUGCAGAGUCAACAUUUGCGGGUCUUGGAGCUGAUUCUCUUGAUACGGUGGAGAUUGUGAUGGGAAUCGAAGAAGCGUUUGGGGUUAGCGUGGAGGAAGAGAGUGCCCAAAGUAUCACCACUGUCCAAGAUGCAGCUGAUCUGGUUGAGAAACUCAUCAAGUCUUAAUUUAAACCCAUGAAUCAGAAAUAGGCUCGAAUCCUACCUAAUAUCUUAGCUUUGUUGGGUUUUUUUUUCUUUUUCUUGAGAUUGUGCAGCGGACCGUCUGCAUAUUUGGUUUGGUUUGUAUUUGGAAACUAAAUUCAGAUAUAUAUCAGAGCUUUAAUAAACUAGUAUAUCUAGUUAUGUCCA